GAGCCAGCUGUCAAAAAAAAAUAACAAUUUGAUAACAAAAACACCCUCGGACAUCUGAUUCCAUCUGUUCCGUUCGUUUUUAUCCGCGUACUGUUGUUAUCCGCUGAGCGGAACUCAAUUUUCUACCUUCCUCACUCAUCUGAAAUAACUGCUUCAGAUCCAAAAAAAUUGAUCUUUCAAUUUUGAUGCAAAGAAACGUGGAUUUUAUCCUUUUCUAAUUGCGCGGUGAUAAGUGCGUAGAAACUAGAGUGGACGCGCUCCAAAAUCUAGACAUAUCUGGUGCAUAGUUUUUCCUCGUUUUUUCAUUGUUACAUUGUUAUUUUACGAUUUACGCUUCAAAGGAUUAUUAGUUUAUCACUAUAAUCGUCUGUAUGGGAGCCAGCAGUUCGCGAACUGAAAUGGAUUACGCGCAAGAACCAGGACUUGCUGCGAUCUUACAAUAUCUAAUACGAAGNGGACAGGUUCACAUCAUAUCAGAGGAACACGAUGAUUCUGACGAAUAUUCUGCGACAAGGCCCCCCCGCGUUCCCACUCGACCAAACACAUCCAGACUUGACAAAAGUGAAAUUAGCCUUACCACAAAACAAGCUUGUGGAAUUGGAAAUGAAUCGAAAAGUCAAAGCGUUUCCAUGCCUUCCAUGAUGCACAAAAGAGAAUUAGGUUCAAACUUCAGUGCCGCUCAAAGGUGUGCGAUAAGCAGUAACUAUUUGCCAAAUAGGAUGCAACAAGUUGCAAAAUAUAAUAGCAAAGCUUUUUGUGGAUCUUACUCCACUGACGGAAAAUUCUUUCUCACUGCCUGCCAAGACAGGUUCCUAAGGUUGUAUCGCACUCACAAUGGAGAGUUCACGGAGUUCAAAAAAAUAUCAGCUCGAGACGUUGGUUGGAGUAUUUUAGACACAGCCUUCAGCCCUGAUGGAAACUACAUCGUAUACUCAAGUUGGUCCGAUAAUCUUUAUAUGUGUCCGAUUUACGGUGAUACAAACACUCAAGAAACACUUUUUCUUUCGCCACUAGAGCGCCGGUUUUGUAUAUUUUCCUUGGUUUUUUCGAGCGACGGAAGGGAAGUCCUCGGUGGUGGAAACGACGGUUUCCUCUACGUGUACGACAGAGAAUGUCAGCAGCGAGUCCUCAGGAUCGAAGGACACGAGGACGAUGUAAAUAGUGUUGCCUUUGCAGAUAAUACUUCCCAAAUUCUUUACAGUGCAGGAGAUGAUGGACUGUGCAAGGUUUGGGACAGGCGUAUGUUAAGUGAAAGUGAUCCACAUCCUGUAGGAAUUUUGGCAGGCCACAUGGAUGGAAUUACUUAUAUAGAUCCUCGGGGUGACGGUAGACAUUUGUUAACAAAUAGCAAAGAUCAGACCAUCAAGUUGUGGGACGUUCGUGCCUUUUCUGAUCAGAGUGGAGAAAUGAACACGAGAAAGGCCGUGGCGAAUCAAAAUUGGGACUACAGGUGGCAACGGGUGCCGAAAAGAUUGUACAGGUCGAAAAACAUGUUGGAUGGAGACACGAGUAUUAUGACUUACAGAGGACAUUCUGUACUUCAAACUUUGAUACGCUGCCACUUUUCUCCAGCAGCUACGACUGGACAAAGAUAUAUUUAUACGGGUUGUGGUUCCGGACGAGUUGUCAUCUACGACGUUCUGACCGGGGAUAUCGUCAAAUCCUUGAACGGCCACAGGAGUUGCGUCCGAGACGUGAGUUGGCACCCAAGUUGUCAAGAAAUCGUAUCGACAUCGUGGGAUGGAGUAAUAGGAAGGUGGCGAUACGCGGGAAAAGCAGUUUCCCUGGAUGUUCCCGAUUCUGAAGAAGACAGCGACACGGAAACUUCUCAGCCUCGAACUUUGCGACGCAGUCAACGUAUAGCAGCACAAAAGGCAAAGAAUUCGACCUCCUGUUAAGAGAAUCCGAAGCAAUUUCGGUUUCUGUGCACAAGACUGAACCGACUUAUCUGUGCUUUUGUUCAGUGUUAACAAGAACUUUGAAAAAGCCCCCCGAAUUUUGUAAAUGGGAGCCUUUUUAUUGACCACGGGCUUCCCUCUAUCGUUUGCUACGAAACAAUUUUCUACCAUCGGUAUGAUGAGUAAUUAAUUAGUCCGCUUGUCAUCGUGUGUUUAAAGAAGAAUAUUGUCAGGGACAAACGACAUGUUAUAAACGUUAGAUUGUCACUGUUUCGAGAUAUUUCAACGAGACAUAGUGCUUUUUAAUUAUACGUAUUCAACAGAGUUUUCUUUUCUAUUUUAGGUUUAACUAAUUUCUAAGAUUUAAGUUUUAAGUAUCAUUCUGUAUUAUAUUAUUGUUGACUUAUUAAGUACCUACACUGCAAACAAAAUUUCCUUGAAGUAUAAUUGCUUUUUGUAUAUUUGUUUUUUAACUUCUUGGUUCUCAAGCUCCUCUCGCUUUGAUCAUGCAAAUUUUAUUUUUAUUAAUGAUAUUGCACAGUAGGAUAUUGUUUUUUUUUGUUUGUAAUUUUUUCAGGCCGUUUGGGCGUUAAAAAGAAAAAAAUUUUGGAAGAAAAUUUUCAAGGAAUAGUCUAUAAGCAGUACAGCAUCAUUUAAUAAUCUCGAUUUCCAUAUAAUUUGUAUAAACGAUGCAUAAUUAUUUAAGAGUUCAUAGUACUGUACAUACUUUAAAAAAGAAAAAAAGGAAUAUCCUAUCUAAUAAAAUUGAUGGAAACAAA